UGUCAGUCUAAUUCCCCCGCGUCCACCUCAGCUCGGCUCUCCUUCAAUUCAGCCUUCAUUUCAGCCCAUCUGCCACGCCCACGACAGCGGCGUCGCCCGUUUUGCGAAUCCGCUAGCCAGCCGUCAUCAACUGCUGUGCCGCUCAACGAGCCGCUUAUUGUUGUGCUUCCAUCGCGCGGCCCCGUCAUGGCCACGCCAACACGUCUUGUUGAUAUGCCUGUGUCGCACAGCGUCGACGGCCAUCAGAUCGCCUUGAGACGAUCUGUCCGCCUUCUUGUUCGUAAUAGUAGCCCUUCGGGGCCCAGCGCUGCAGGCGGGAGCCGUCGUCGUCGCAGCAGCAGGAGCAAAGUAGACAGUUCCAGUUCCCAUGGUACAAGCAGAAGUCGAAGCCGUAAAGCGACCGGUCGUCCGAGCAAGGCUACCCGCAGCCUCAUCACUAACCGAGCCCGCCAGCCUGGAGUCAAAUUGACCCAAUCCGGGACACGUCCUCACGCAAGGCUAGCGGGUUUUGAGACGAAGUUUGUUCCACGCCCAAAAUUGGAUGUGCCACGCAAGCGUCGCCGUGGACCCGAUCUCCCUGAUCAUGCCACCGCUGGCCCCCUCCCCCUGGCCCCCGAUCUGGAUGAGCUUUUCCGCACCCCAAGGGCACUCCGGGCCCUCAAGCGGCAGCGACUCUCCCUCUCCGACGGCCUUGGCCACACCCUCGCCUCUCCUAUCGUCGCUGCUGACCAAUCAACAAACAUCCCUCGUUUGAGCGAUGACAAUCUCGCCGCUGCCGAGGGCACCGAUGGCGGAGUCGCCAGCGACUCCGCCCUCGCCGCGGACGUCGCUCGAGCCGCACAGAAGGACGCCCGUUUUAGGAAGGAGGCGUCUCGGAAGCUUUCGCCCAGCGGCUCCGGCGUCACGGAGCGUGCUUCGAUGCCGGACGGAGGACGGGAAGAGCUGGACCAACAUGUCGGCUCCGAUGGCAUGGCCACUGAAACAGGCGGAUCGGAUCUCGAUGUUACGUUGCCCCUCGCGGGAGAACCUUCUUUCCCUUCACUCCCCUUCGAGGACAGACGGCUCUGUGAGAGCCAGAACGUAUGCCCCGAGGCAUCUCGACCAGAGUCUGCGUCAGCAGAGAUCAAGCUGCCCACGGUCCCGGCUGUACCAUCAUUCAUUGAGAACGAGACGUUACCUGCGAUCGCAUCAUCGUCAAGAACCAAUGUGCAGCAGGCGUCAGUUGCUUCCACGUCUCAGGUGCCUUUGCCGACACCGCCACCUCAACCCGUUCCUGCCCCUGCACGUACACUCAAAGCCGAAACAUGCGAUGCGAACAUAUGGAAGAUUGCAAUGCAAGAACGCGUUAGCUACCUGUACCGCCGCUAUGGUCGGGAUGUCAUCGCCAAGACUGUUGCCGCUGACGCCGAGCGCUGUGCGCCUCCGACCGAGUUCCGUCUGUAUACUCCUGCGAGCUAUUCGGAGCGCGAAAGUGAUUCCGAAGCUUUCGACGAGAGCUUGAUCGACAUAGAGAUGGACUUUGACGAUGACGAUCUCUGGGAUGAAGACGACGAAGAUGACGACGAGGACCUCAUGGACGUGGAAGAUAACGCGACGGAUGGCUUUGAGGAUAAGCAGGUAGACGCCACUGAUGAUACGUCUCACGUCCAGAGCGUCAUGGCAUCAAACGCGUCAGGUGCAUCAUCAAUCCCUUCGACACCAACGGCACCCGUAGUCUCGUUUCAAUUGCCUCGUCUAGGAUCCAUCCGCGUCCCAUACCUAGACUCAUCCCCACUCCUUACUCCAGACGGCAGGACUUUUAUGGGUCGAGGCACCCCUGUGGACAAACAACGUCGUCUCGAGUGGGCAAAUAUCCCGCGACCAGCCGUCCAGGUCCAAUACACUCAGGAGGAAUGGUUCACGGCGUUCAUGCCCGCGUCCCCGUUCAUACCAAGGGCACCUUCGACAGGUGACCUAUCGUACAUGGACUCUCAGGCUGUUGGAGCAUUCUGUUGCACGCAGCAGGGCACGUACAGCACCCAGGGAACGCUGAUGUCAUCCUAUGGCAUGGGUGCGGGCUCGCCGAGCAUCUCGUAUUCGUCGCCGUCCCAAACGCAGUCGUGGCUCGACCCUUCACUCAACCCUUCACUAUCGGCACACGGCCUCGCGGCGCCUCCAGACGCAGGCACGUCGAUGAUGAACGAGAAUUUCAUCGCCCUCGCUGUGUCGGCCGGGGUUUCGGGCGCGGCGCAGAGCGCACCUGGGUGUGCGUUGCACACUACCUUCUUGCAGUGUCUGAUGGCCUCCAGCGCAGGAUGCAUGAUGAGCCUCGCAGGCGCGUCAGCUCCAUCGCCAUCCCCAUCAUCGCCCGCGCCACCUUCAGUGCCGUCGCCAUUUGCGUGCAACGUGGAGGCCUCGACUCUUCCUGCGUCCGCGGCGGUGGCGAGCACCGCCGUCUAUGACGUGGCCGUUGAGCCGGUACCGGUGCAGGCGUCGAGCACGCUGAGCCACGCCCUUGGCUAGGUGCCAUCGCGCUCCGUGUGUGCUCCGUCCCGUACGUAGUCCAUGGUCCAUCCUCUACCACGACCCGCGUAGCCGCUAUCUCAUUUCCGGCAUGCGCAUCCCCUGUUGCAUCGCUACUGCGCCCCACAUGUCUCUUCCUUCAUGCUCUCUCGGGCCGCGGCUCGUGCUGUGGCUUUGCUCUCAUCCAUCAUGCUUGCUCAUCCACU